GGUUCUCCAAUCAUUUAAGAGAACCCUUCCUCCCAGGUCGAUGCAGUCGUAGUCGUGUAAACCUCCAGCUUAAACACACAUUUUAAGCAAGAUUUUUGGCAGUAAAUUUGGAUAAUUACUUCGAAUAAGGUGGGUUACCUAAAUCCAUCAAAGUCUAGCCACCGGACGCCGUGUUUUUCAGUUUUUUUUCACAUUUGCAUCAUGAAACAAAGGCACCGAGAGAGACGGGGUGUGUGCGCAAAUCGGACAGUCUGCUUUGUUCUUUUUGCUGCGUUUUGGAGCUGCGCUUUGGCACAAUUACGAUACUCUGUCUCCGAGGACGUGGAUGAAGGAACUGCUGUUGGAAAUGUGGCAAAGGAUUUGGGUCUUGAAAGGAUCACGCUGAAAGAUCGGGCGAUCCGUGUGGUUUCUGGCGCUGCUGAGCUUCUUUUCAGGAUUAAUGAUGCCGACGGUGUUUUGUAUGCGAACCAAAAGCUUGACCGAGAGGAAAUAUGUGAUCGAAAAAGGGUUUGUGUUAUUGAUGUGAAGAUCGCCCUAGACAACCCGCUGGAAGUCCAUUAUGUGUCCGUGGAGAUUUUGGAUAUAAAUGACCACACGCCGAGCUUUCCUGAUCAUGAAAGAAUAUUGGAGAUCAUCGAAUCUGCUGUGCCGGGAGCGAGAUUCCAGUUAAAAGCUGCGCGCGACGCGGAUAUUGGAUCCUUUUCUGUUCAGCAAUACAAACUAAGUCAAAAUGAGCAUUUUCGUUUAGAAGUUAAAAGUAGUGGUGAUAAUCGUAAAACACCAAUUUUAAUCCUCCAAAAACCGCUGGACAGAGAGACAGCAAAGAGUCACGUUUUACUUUUAACAGCCUUUGAUGGAGGUAAACCUCCGAGAUCCGGAAACAUGACCAUCAUUGUCAACGUUUCUGAUGUGAAUGAUAAUCCUCCAGUUUUUAGUCAGGAUUCAUAUGUUGUUCAUCUGAAAGAAAAUUCUCCUGUUGGAACAACUGUGAUCCAAGUAACUGCAACAGAUUUGGAUGAAGGAUCAAAUGGAGAAGUUGUUUAUUCUUUUGGGAGUGACGUUGAUCCACAAACAAGUGAGUUGUUUCAUCUAAACCCUGAGACUGGUGUUAUUACAGUAGUUGGUGAAAUCGAUUUUGAGGAGAGUGGCAGAUAUGAAAUAAACGUUCAAGCAUCAGAUAAAGGUGCAGCAACACAAGCAGCAGAAAAAACGGUUAUCAUUGAUAUUCUGGAUAUCAAUGAUAACGCUCCAGUGAUUGAAGUAACAUCUUUUUCACGCGCGCUCCCGGAGGAUUCUAAACCAGGCACCACAGUAGCUUUGAUCAGUGUCAGAGACUCUGAUUCUGGUAUCAAUGGAAAAGUUCUGUGCUUCAUAAACCAGAACCUUCCUUUUACAAUAAACCCAUCUUCACAGAAUAACAUGUACUCUCUAGUAACUAAACAAGUUUUAGAUCGUGAACAGCAGACUCAGUAUGAAGUGAUGAUUACAGCUAAAGAUGCAGGAGAACCGUCCUUGUCAUCAGAGAAAAGCAUCACAGUUGUUGUUUCUGAUGUGAAUGAUAACGUCCCCACAUUCUCACAGAAUCCCAUUAACUUCUACAUAAAGGAGAAUAACAGUCCAGGAAAAACAAUUCUCUCAGUUACAGCUCAUGACAGUGAUGACGGCAGCAACGCUCUUAUUUCUUAUUCAAUUUUGAGAGAGAAAGAUGGAGAUAAUCUGUUUACAUCAUUUCUGAAUGUAAACUCAGAAA